UUCUAGCCUCGAUAUGAAAACAAAACCAAUACUUUCACUUUACCAUUAUCAUAGUCGUAAACACAAAAUUUAACAACGUGAACAAGCGUCUCAAGCGACAGCUAUGAGUAAUAUAUACAUCCAAGAGCCCCCAACCAUUGGGAAGGUUUUAUUAAUCACAUCAGCUGGUGAUUUGGACAUUGAGCUGUGGUCUAAAGAGGCACCCAAAGCAUGUCGGAACUUCGUGCAGCUUUGUAUGGAAGGUUACUACAAUGGGACAGUAUUUCAUAGAGUGGUGAAGGACUUCAUUGUGCAGGGAGGGGAUCCGACAGGAACGGGAAUGGGUGGAGAAUCUAUUUAUGGAAAACCAUUUAAAGAUGAAAUUCACACCCGUUUACGGUUUGUCCGAAGGGGUUUAGUAGCCAUGGCGAAUGCUGGACCACAUGACAACGGCAGUCAGUUCUUCAUCACUAUGGGCCCCACCCCUGAACUACUUAAUAAACAUACAAUUUUUGGAAAGGUAACAGGAAAUACUGUGUAUAACAUUGGAAAACUGCAGGAAAUAGACGUAGACAGCCACGAGAGACCGUACCACCCUCACAAAAUCAAAUCCGCACACAUUUUGUCCAACCCAUUUGAUGACAUUGUUCCCAGAGUUUCUGCAGAUGACAGGAAAUUAAAACACUCCAAAGAUGAAAAAGUGAAGAGCAAAUCUAAAGCUACAAAAAAUUACAAACUGCUGUCAUUUGGGGAUGAAGCGGAGGAGCAGGAAGAGGAAGUAGAUUUGGUAUCAAAAGACUCAAAAGGAAAGAGCAAAAGCAGCCAUGACCUUAUUGAUGACCCGACCCUCAGCACAGAGACCACAGAGAUCGAUGCGGAGGAGGUCAGGCAGAAACUGGCUCAGAAGGAAAAGAAGAAGUCGCCAUCACCAGAGAAAGACAGUGAUGAAGAAGAAAACAGAAUAAGUAGAACAGAAGAAUUACGAAGGGAAGCCAAACAACUCAAGAAAGAGUUAAAAGGGAAACCAGCCAACAAAAAACCAACGGAUGAGGACACGAUCGAAGAAGAGGUGGAAGAAAAAAAUGAGGUUAUAGCUGCAUACAAGGCAGAGCGAGAAAAAUACAAGAAAGCAAGAGUGAAGAAGGGGGGUGGCAGAGAGGCGGCAACUUUGGCCUUGUUGGCAAAGUUCCAGUCCAAACUGGAAUCUGUCAAGAGAAUCUCAGGGGACUACAGUGAUGAAGAGGCACAGGCUGAAGAAGAGGAGGAGAGUGAGGCCUCAGGAGAUAUGUCAUGGAUGACUCACAAGCUAGUUUUUGAAGAUGAAGAAAGGAAAAGAAAAGUAAUUGAUGCAAAUGUGCAAGAACUUGAUCGGUACGAGAUAUAUGAUCCGCGUAAUCCUCUCACAAAACGUCGACGAGAAAACACUAACAUCACAUUUAUCUGCCCUGGACACAAUGGUGCUGCUGCGAUUGAAAAUGGCUUCGACAUACUGAAAAUUUGUGGUGAUGGCCCAGAAUUGUCGAUGAUCGCCGAUGCAAAUCUGAACACGGCAGAGGUUGUCAUUUGCUUCUCAGAAAACACUUCUCAUGCUUCACACCAAUAUACGCUGAUGACAUUCAACAUAGGAGGAUACACAAAAAACACAGCAUGGACCCCCACGGAUGUUUCUGUGGUCAUCGAUAACAAUGAUUUACCAUGUGGAAGUGGGUACCUGGUGGCGGAGCUGAGAAACAACGGAGCAGUAGUUGCGACUGAGUAUGAAAGGGCGAUCAGGAUAUGUGAUAAUUCAGACAUCGACAUGAUUUUACACCUUGAGAGUACAAUGAGGAUGGGGAUGAAACCACAUCUAUACACCGGGAUGUACGCUGGCGAUCUUCUGGCGCAGAUGUCGAAUUAUCUCACCAUCGACAAAGCAGUUCUUCAUAAUAAUGGAAACAAAACUUUAGCCAACGCUACAAUUGAGACCCCACAUAUGGUGGCAGUCUAUCUUACAGGGCCACAACAAUUGAUGCCGAACUAUGACGAGAAGUGCAUGGUUCCCACCUACAAGAUUAGUGACCAACUCAUUGGACAGAUCGCCAUUACAGAUGCAAUCAGAUCUGGAGAGGGGUUCGAUCUGGUUCCUCAUCUUCAUGGACACUACAUUCCACAUAUAUCCGCUGUUUGUGGCGCUGCAAAUCUGGUCAUCUUCUAUGAUCCCCUGAGGAUAGACAACGACGAUGAGGAAUGCAAUGAUUUUCUAUCCAUUCCAGUUCAUGUCACGUGCUCAAGUCAUGACGAAAUGGAAGACUGCAUGAUGUGUCCCAACCCUUUGGCCAUGAAUACAUGGGCAAUGUUUGGGAACAGGACGUUUUAUGAAUAUGAUGUUAACGAUGAAGAAUGGCGAGGACACAGUCUGCAUAUGACGAUGAGCGAGGACACAAAAAUGGACCUAGUGCAUGCCGGGAUGUCUCAACUGAUGCAUCGCCAUCUAUCGGAACUUUACUCGGAACAACAUGGCGGUCUUUGUAUGUUUUUCCACAGAUUCCAAAAAGAUUCAAUGAAAAUGUUAAAUGAAAUGACGGUACCCAAUGCCCGGAUUGGAGCAGACCUUGAGGCUAAAAUACAACAAAUGAUAAAGGCAAUAGAGUCUUACACAGACGUGAGCUCUGCGAUGCAAUCCAUGCAGGAAUGGGCGGACAAGGAGAUGGAUACUGUAAAUAAAUCUCUAAUCAUUGGAUCUCAUACUGGCUUAAGCAUAAUCCAAGGCAUUAAUAUGGCGAUGAUGCAGAUUCGCUUUACAGGUCAACCAUUUCCUGCAAACGCAACACGACUGAUGUUAGGUCCCAUGCUGAAGGGUCUUGCACACUUGCACUAUUUGUUAGAGAUGCAUCCCAUGAUAGGCGGUAUGUAUGGCGGAGAAAUGCUGAAAUAUGCUCAAACAGUCCGACUGGUCGCUCAUUAUCUGCAUCAUUACAAUCUUCUUCCUGAAGAAGUAGCCAACUCCUUAAUGAAAAUAGCUAAUUUCAUGAUGAACAAACACAUCCAUCCCAUGACAAACGACACAGGAAGCAACUCAGGCCACGCACCGUCCAUGACACCGUGCCCGUUUGAUAAACAAAUUGAUCUUGUAUCGAAUGUUCUUCUGACAAUGGCCAAAGGAUGGGAUGGAGAAGAGAUGAAACAUACAAGAGAGAACCCAGCUGUGGGAAUUUGCCGCGCUAACCUCCUCAGAGUCUUCUUGUUUAGAGGUGGUUACAAGUUAGUCAGAAAAGGAUAUGUCCGUAAAGUUCUGAUGGAAAUGAGGAUGAAACCAGAUGAUUUGAUGGGUAUUCCAAAACAGUGCAGACAACACCCCCUUCAGCCAUAUAACAUACCUCUUGAAAAUUUCUUCGUGAACGACGACGGGAAAAUCAUGAUGGCUGACAUGAGUCCUCUUCAGGGGACAAUGACGUACAAAGUAAUAGGCACCUGCCACUGUAAGACCAGCUGCGCCGACCAUACAAGUGGCGGAUCAACUAGCACCGAACACUCUGGCAUGUGGACAACGUCUACGCCAUCUUGGAAUAACGGAAUGUGGAGCACCACUCCACUUCCUUCUUGGAUGACGACAUCUAGUCCAAUGAACCUCUGGAAUAACCUUCACACAGGCCCGACAUCAAAGUAACUCUAACAAGAGUAUAUUAGUCUGCAGUAGCCAUAAAACUUAGGUGAACUCGACAUCUGAUCUCCUACUUCAUCACAAAGUGAGAAUAGAGUGAAUGUGAGCUCGUGUCAGUUUUAUUGCCCUGUUAAUCCGUUAUUGCACGUUCUUUAUAUUUUGCGGCUAUCUAUUUCCUCGAGAGAACGUUUCCGAGUGUUUUAAAAAGGCAAAAAUAUAUAUUUAUACAAGUCACCCAAUUGUUCUUGCACCCCAUCACGGUUCAUGUUUCCGAUAAAAAAAAAAAAAAAAAGAUGUGUGUAAAGUUAAGCCUAAAUAGAUUUCUAGCCAUUUACAACGAAUUUUAUGGUACCUCGGGUGUUCUACAGAAUUCUACAUGCGCGGAUCCAAUUAUUCUUGAGAACAACACUGAAAUGUCGUUUGACUAUGUACAGGUCUUUUAUGUACUGCUCUGUCCAGCACCUGAUUUGUCAAUAGAUUCGCUGAUAGUGCAGUCCAUGUUUGUAACAAUGAAGCCUAGAAUUUCAAGAUUAAAUGGUGCUCUGCAUUUCAUUGAAUUGGUAAUGAAACGGUAAAAUUGUAAAUGAGAAAUUCUUGUUUGUAAAGAUAUUGAUGUUGUAUUUUGUCUAUUUUACUCCCUGAAUCAUAAGUUCAACGUUAAAUGUCGCCCCUCCAUGAAAAUAUUGUGUAAUUCCUCUUACAAGGAUUAAUGUUAUUGUAGUCUAUCUCACUAAGUAAUGCAACGAGUUGGAUUUGACCGUCUUUAAUUGUGACUUUGACUCAAGGGAAGAUCGAUAAAUGUAGUGGAAACUAGAUCGAUGAUAGUUUGCAGUGACGGUAAGGAUUAUUCAGUUAUUUGCGCCAUUUGGUUGCUGCAACACCCCCCCCCCUUUUUUUUUUGUCUGUGUGUGGAGGGGAGGAGGGAAAAGUACCACAUGAGGUCCCCACCCCUUGAUUUUUUUUCUACCCCUGCUUUGGUAAAAUAUGUUGUCUGUAUGAAAUAUAAAAGCGAGGACUAUCAAGGAUUUUAGCAAAUUUUCAUUGUUUACAGAAAGCAUAUUCUUGCUCAUGUAUCUUUUUUAUACCAGAGAUGUAGUUAUUAGUGCGUGUAAAAAAAUUUAAUUUAAAAGAUGACCAAGUGUGCUCUACAUUUUCUAUUUAAAAAAAUGUGUGAAAUAUCCGUCCAAGAUGUACCUUAAAAUUUGAAUUUAAAACCCUCAAAAAUAAGGAAAAUUAUUAUUAACAAAUAAUAAAUUAAGAUCUUUCUCCUGAUCAUCUUACGUGUGAAUUAAGAUAUUUACACAGAAUAUUAUGAUUUUUCAAAAUUCUUGGCCUGGUUACCUGCCGUAGAAUGCUCCACUGUCAUCAACUGUACCAGAUGCUACUUCCGCACUGCAGUACAGCGUUUUUCUUCCAUAAUAUAUCCUUUCUCGUCCUCAAAAAGAGCCAAGUGCAAUUGAUCGGUGUGGUUUUGUACAAUUAAAAACAAAAUUAUCGUGUAAAAGGUCUUUUAAUGUAUCUAUAUAUUUUUAAUAAAAUGUUGUCACA